CUUUUGGUGAAGUGGGUUUCUUCUGCCAUGGAAAGCAAUUUUUUCUUGAUGUUGAAACGUUUAUAGUACUUUAAACUCAAAUUUUUAAAAGAAAGAAAGAAAAAAAAAAGGAUAAAGAUUUGAUUCUUCCAAUCUUUUUCUCUCUCUCUCUCUCUCUCUCUCCAUCAAAUACCAAAUUAUCUGGAAGCUGAGUACAUCUUGUUUUCUGCUCAUUCUAUUCUCUGUUUCAACAAUGGAGAGUACUAUUGUUAUGAUGAUGGUGAUGACAAGAUCUAUAUUUUGCUUCUUGGGAUUGAUAUGCCUUCUCAGCUCUGUUAACGGAUUGCUUUCUCCUAAAGGAGUUAACUUUGAAGUGCAAGCUUUGAUGGACAUAAAAGCUUCAUUACAUGAUCCUCAUGGUGUUCUUGAUAACUGGGAUAGAGAUGCUGUUGAUCCUUGUAGUUGGACUAUGGUUACUUGUUCUUCCGAAAACUUUGUCAUUGGCUUGGGCACACCUAGUCAGAAUCUAUCUGGUACAUUAUCUCCAAGCAUUACCAACUUAACAAAUCUUCGGAUUGUGCUGUUGCAGAACAACAACAUAACAGGGAAAAUUCCUUCUGAUAUUGGUCGGCUAACGAGGCUUGAGACUCUAGAUCUCUCUGACAACUUCUUCCGCGGUGAAAUUCCAUUUUCAGUUGGCUAUUUACGAAGCCUGCAAUAUCUGAGGCUUAACAACAAUUCUCUCUCUGGAGUAUUUCCUCUGUCACUAUCCAAUAUGACUCAACUUGCCUUUCUUGAUUUAUCAUACAACAAUCUCAGUGGUCCUGUCCCAAGAUUUGCUGCAAAGACCUUUAGCAUCGUUGGAAACCCGCUGAUCUGUCCUACAGGUGCUGAACCAGACUGCAAUGGAACUACAUUGAUCCCAAUGUCUAUGAAUUUGAAUGCAACUGGAGCUCCUUUAUACAUUGGUAGAUCGAGGAAUCACAAAAUGGCAAUCGCCGUUGGAUCCAGCGUUGGAACUGUAUCAUUGAUCUUCAUUGCUGUUGGAUUGUUUCUCUGGUGGAGACAAAGACAUAACCAAAACACAUUCUUUGAUGUUAAAGAUGGGAAUCAUCAUGAGGAAGUUUCACUUGGAAACCUGAGGAGAUUCAAUUUCAGGGAGCUUCAGAUCGCGACUAAUAACUUCAGCAGUAAGAACUUAUUGGGGAAAGGUGGAUAUGGAAAUGUGUACAAAGGAAUACUUGGAGACAGUACCGUGGUUGCAGUGAAAAGACUUAAAGAUGGAGGAGCAUUAGGAGGAGAGAUACAGUUUCAGACAGAAGUCGAAAUGAUCAGUUUAGCUGUUCAUCGAAACCUCUUAAGACUCUACGGUUUCUGCAUCACACAAGCUGAGAAGCUUUUGGUUUAUCCUUACAUGUCUAAUGGAAGCAUUGCAUCUCGGAUGAAAGCUAAACCGGUUCUUGAUUGGAGCAUUAGGAAGAGGAUAGCGAUAGGAGCUGCAAGAGGGCUUGUGUAUCUCCAUGAGCAAUGUGAUCCGAAGAUUAUACACCGCGAUGUGAAAGCAGCUAAUAUACUUCUUGAUGACUACUGUGAAGCUGUGGUUGGUGAUUUUGGUUUAGCUAAACUCUUGGAUCAUCAAGAUACACAUGUCACAACCGCGGUUAGAGGCACGGUGGGUCACAUUGCUCCAGAGUAUCUCUCAACUGGUCAAUCCUCUGAGAAAACCGAUGUC